UCUCCGCCAGAGCAUUGAUCAGGGUGCUGGAGAAUCAGGGAAGAGCACCAUCGUAAAACAGAUGAAGAUUAUUCAUGAGGACGGCUACUCGGAGGAAGAGUGCAAGCAGUAUCGAGCUGUGGUCUACAGUAACACCAUCCAGUCCAUCAUGGCCAUCAUUAAAGCCAUGAGCAACCUCAAGAUCGAAUAUGAGGACAGUGGCAGAGCGGAUGAUGCACGUCUGUUGUUUUCCCUGUCCGGGGCGGCAGAGGAACAGGGCAUCCUGCCAGACGACCUGGCCAAUGUCAUCACCAGACUGUGGGCUGAUGGAGGGGUACAGAGCUGCUUCACCCGGGCCAGAGAAUACCAGCUCAAUGACUCCGCUGCGUAG